UCCAUCUACCUCGCGGGUGCCUCUGGUGUCCCUCGAGGUCUCCGACCCCAGCCCUCCCUCAGCCCACCCGCCCAACCUGCAGCCCCCUCUCGCCAUCCUCAGAUCCUAGCCCGGGACAACGGGGGAUUGCCAUCAUGGGUGAUGGAGGGGGAGAAGGAGAGGACGAAGUCCAGUUUUUGCGGACGGAUGACGAGGUGGUCCUGCAGUGCAGCGCCACCGUGCUCAAGGAGCAGCUCAAGCUGUGUCUGGCCGCUGAGGGUUUCGGCAACCGCCUCUGCUUCCUGGAACCCACCAGCAACGCGCAGAAUGUACCCCCUGAUCUGGCCAUCUGCUGCUUCGUCCUGGAGCAGUCCCUGUCGGUUAGAGCCCUACAGGAGAUGCUGGCCAAUACUGUGGAGGCUGGUGUAGAGGCCCUCAAUUUGGAUAAGUGGUCAUCCCAGGGCGGGGGACACAGGACACUCCUGUAUGGCCAUGCCAUCCUGCUCCGGCACGCACACAGCCGUAUGUACCUCAGUUGCCUUACCACCUCCCGAUCAAUCACUGACAAGUUGGCUUUUGACGUGGGACUACAGGAAGAUGCAACAGGAGAGGCCUGUUGGUGGACGAUGCACCCUGCCUCCAAGCAGAGGUCUGAAGGAGAGAAGGUUCGUGUUGGGGAUGACCUCAUCCUUGUGAGUGUCUCCUCUGAGCGAUACCUGCACCUGUCAACCGCAAGCGGGGAACUCCAGGUUGAUGCCUCCUUCAUGCAGACUCUGUGGAACAUGAACCCCAUCUGCUCUGGCUGUGAAGAAGGCUUUGUGACUGGAGGCCAUGUCCUCCGCCUCUUUCAUGGACACAUGGAUGAAUGUCUGACCAUUUCCCCUUCGGACAGUGAUGACCAACGCAGACUUGUCUACUAUGAGGGAGGGCCUGUGUGCACGCAUGCCCGCUCGCUUUGGAGGCUAGAGCCGCUGAGAAUCAGCUGGAGUGGAAGCCAUCUCCGCUGGGGUCAGCCGCUUCGAAUCAGACAUGUGACCACUGGGCGGUACCUUGCACUCACUGAGGACCAAGGCCUUGUGGUGGUUGAUGCCAGCAAGGCCCACACCAAGGCUACUUCCUUUUGCUUCCGAAUCUCAAAGGAGAAGCUGGAUGUGGCCCCCAAGAGAGAUGUGGAGGGCAUGGGGCCCCCUGAGAUCAAGUAUGGAGAAUCGCUCUGCUUUGUGCAGCACGUGGCCUCAGGCCUGUGGCUCACCUAUGCUGCCCCGGAUCCCAAGGCCCUGAGGCUUGGCGUGCUCAAGAAGAAGGCCAUGCUGCACCAGGAAGGCCACAUGGAUGAUGCACUGUCACUGACCCGAUGCCAGCAGGAGGAGUCGCAGGCUGCCCGAAUGAUCUACAGCACGGCAGGCCUGUACAACCAGUUCAUAAAGGGUCUCGAUAGCUUCAGUGGGAAGCCACGGGGCUCGGGGCCACCGGCUGGGUCAGCAUUGCCCAUCGAAGGCGUCAUCCUGAGCCUACAGGAUCUCAUAGGCUACUUCGAGCCGCCUUCGGAGGAGCUGCAGCAUGAGGAGAAACAGACGAAGCUCCGCAGCCUGCGCAACCGACAGAGCCUCUUCCAGGAGGAGGGGAUGCUCUCCCUGGUCCUGAAUUGCAUUGACCGACUCAACGUCUACACCACUGCUGCCCACUUUGCCGAAUUUGCAGGGGAGGAGGCAGCUGAAUCUUGGAAGGAGAUUGUGAACCUGCUCUAUGAACUCCUAGCCUCUCUGAUCCGUGGCAAUCGUACCAACUGUGCCCUCUUCUCCACAAACUUGGAUUGGUUGGUCAGCAAGCUGGAUCGUCUGGAGGCCUCAUCUGGCAUACUGGAGGUGUUGUACUGUGUCCUGAUUGAGAGUCCCGAGGUUCUGAACAUCAUCCAGGAGAACCACAUCAAGUCUAUCAUCUCCCUCCUAGACAAGCAUGGGAGGAAUCACAAGGUCCUGGAUGUGCUGUGCUCACUGUGUGUGUGCAAUGGUGUGGCUGUGCGCUCCAACCAAGAUCUCAUUACUGAGAACUUGCUCCCUGGCAGGGAACUUCUGCUACAGACAAACCUCAUCAACUACGUCACCAGCAUCCGCCCCAACAUCUUUGUGGGCCGAGCAGAAGGCUCCACGCAGUAUGGCAAAUGGUACUUUGAAGUGAUGGUGGAUGAGGUGGCUCCAUUUCUGACAGCUCAGGCCACUCACCUGCGGGUGGGCUGGGCCCUCAGCGAGGGCUACAGCCCCUACCCUGGAGGCGGCGAGGGCUGGGGCGGCAAUGGGGUCGGCGAUGACCUCUAUUCCUACGGCUUUGAUGGGCUGCAUCUCUGGACAGGGCAUGUGGCACGCCCAGUGACUUCUCCAGGACAGCACCUCCUGGCCCCGGAGGAUGUGGUCAGCUGCUGCCUGGACCUCAGUGUGCCAUCCAUCUCCUUCCGAAUCAAUGGCUGCCCCGUGCAGGGCGUCUUCGAAUCCUUUAACCUCGAUGGACUCUUCUUCCCUGUCGUGAGCUUCUCAGCUGGCAUCAAAGUGCGAUUCCUCCUUGGUGGCCGCCAUGGCGAAUUCAAGUUCCUGCCCCCACCCGGCUAUGCUCCAUGCCAUGAAGCUGUGCUUCCUCGGGAGCGACUCCACCUCCAACCCAUUAAAGAGUACCGUCGGGAAGGGCCUCGGGGGCCCCACCUGGUGGGCCCCAGUCGCUGCCUCUCACACUUGGACUUUGUGCCCUGUCCUGUGGACACCAUCCAGAUUGUCUUGCCUCCCCACCUGGAGCGGAUCCGAGAGAAGCUGGCAGAGAACAUUCAUGAACUCUGGGCACUGACUCGCAUUGAGCAGGGGUGGACCUAUGGUCCGGUUCGGGAUGACAACAAGAGGCUUCAUCCAUGUCUUGUGGAUUUCCACAGCUUGCCAGAGCCUGAGCGGAAUUACAACUUGCAGAUGUCAGGGGAGACACUCAACUUCCUGCCUUCCUCUCCCAAGGUGGCCCGCAUGGAUGGCACUGUGGACACACCCCCCUGCCUUCGCUUGACCCACCGCACCUGGGGCUCACAAAACAGUCUGGUGGAGAUGCUGUUCCUCCGGUUGAGCCUUCCGGUCCAGUUCCACCAGCACUUCCGCUGCACCGCAGGGGCCACACCCCUGGCAUCCCCUGGGCUGCAGCCGCCAGCAGAAGAUGAGGCCCGGGCCGCAGAACCCGAUCCUGACUAUGAAAACCUGCGCCGCUCAGCUGGAGGCUGGGGAGAGGCUGAGGGAGGCAAGGAAGGACCUGCCAAGGAGGGGGCACCCGGAGGCACUGCCCAGGCCGGGGUUGAGGCCCAGCCUGCGAGGGCGGAGAACGAGAAGGACGCUACCACUGAGAAGAACAAGAAGAGAGGGUUCUUGUUCAAGGCCAAGAAGGUCGCCAUGAUGACCCAACCACCCACUACCCCUGCUCUUCCCCGACUCCCUCGAGAUGUGGUACCUGCUGACAACCGUGAUGACCCUGAGAUCAUCCUCAACACCACCACGUACUAUUACUCUGUGAGGAUCUUUGCGGGUCAGGAACCCAGCUGUGUGUGGGUGGGCUGGGUCACUCCUGACUACCACCAACACGACAUGAGCUUUGACCUCAGCAAGGUCCGGGCAGUGACGGUGACCAUGGGCGACGAACAAGGCAACGUCCACAGCAGCCUCAAGUGUAGCAACUGCUACAUGGUGUGGGGUGGAGAUUUUGUGAGUCCUGGACAACAAGGCCGGAUCAGCCACACGGACUUUGUCAUUGGUUGCCUGGUGGAUUUGGCCACUGGCUUAAUGACGUUUACAGCCAAUGGCAAAGAGAGCAACACCUUUUUCCAGGUGGAACCGAACACGAAACUGUUUCCUGCUGUCUUUGUCCUGCCCACCCACCAAAAUGUGAUCCAGUUUGAGCUGGGGAAGCAGAAGAACAUCAUGCCUCUGUCAGCUGCCAUGUUCCAGAGUGAGCGCAAGAACCCAGCCCCUCAGUGUCCGCCAAGGCUGGAGGUCCAGAUGCUGAUGCCCGUCUCCUGGAGCCGGAUGCCCAACCACUUCUUACAUGUGGACACUCGGCGUUCUGGAGAGCGGCUUGGCUGGGCUGUGCAGUGCCAGGAGCCGCUGAUGAUGAUGGCGCUACACAUCCCAGAGGAGAACAGGUGCAUGGACAUCCUGGAGCUGUCUGAGCGACUGGACCUUCAGCGCUUCCAUUCCCACACGCUCUCUCUCUACCGCUCAGUGUGCGCCCUAGGCAACAACCGGGUGGCCCACGCUCUGUGCAGCCACGUGGACCAGGCGCAGCUGCUGCACGCUCUGGAGGACGCGCACUUGCCAGGUCCUCUGCGUGCAGGCUACUACGACCUCCUCAUCAGCAUCCAUCUGGAAAGCGCCUGCCGCAGUCGCCGCUCCAUGCUCUCCGAGUACAUUGUGCCCCUCACGCCGGAGACCCGUGCCAUCACGCUCUUCCCGCCCGGACGAAGCGCGGAAGACGGGCCCCGCCGCCAUGGCCUGCCGGGUGUUGGAGUCACGACCUCGCUGAGACCUCCGCACCAUUUCUCGCCCCCGUGUUUUGUGGCCGCCUUGCCCGCUGCUGGGGCCACAGAAGCUCCGGCCCGCCUCAGCCCUGCCAUCCCUCUGGAGGCUCUCCGAGACAAGGCACUGAGGAUGUUGGGGGAAGCCGUGCGAGAUGGAGGACAGCAUGCUCGUGACCCAGUGGGAGGCUCUGUGGAGUUUCAGUUCGUGCCAGUGCUGAAGCUUGUGUCUACCCUCCUGGUGAUGGGCGUCUUUAGCGAUGAGGAUGUGAAGCAGAUCCUGAAGAUGAUUGAGCCUGAAGUAUUCACUGAGGAGGAGGAAGAGGUAGAGGAGGAGGAAGAGGAGGAAGAGGAAGAUGAGGAGGAGAAAGAGGAGGAUGAGGAGGAAGAGGCACAUGAGAAGGAAGAUGAGGAAAAGGAAGAGGAGGAGGAGGCAGCAGAAGAGGAAAAAGAGGAGCUGGAAGAGGGGCUGCUCCAGAUGAAGCUGCCGGAGUCCGUGAAGUUACAGAUGUGUCACCUCCUGGAGUACUUCUGUGAUCAAGAGCUGCAGCACCGUGUGGAGUCCUUGGCGGCCUUUGCAGAGUGCUAUGUGGACAAGCUCCAGGCCAACCAGCGGGGUCGCUACGGCCUCCUCAUGAAAGCCUUCACCAUGAGUGCAGCUGAGACCGCAAGACGCACCCGAGAGUUCCGCUCUCCGCCCCAGGAGCAGAUCAACAUGCUAUUGCAAUUCAAAAAUGGCGCAGAUGAGGAAGAUUGUCCUCUCCCUGAAGAGGUCCGCCAGGAUCUGGUUAACUUUCACCAAGACCUGCUGGCACACUGUGGAAUCCAGCUGGAGGGAGAGGAGGAGGAGGCGGAGGAAGAGACCACGCUGGGUAGCCGCCUAAUGAGCCUGUUGGAGAAAGUGCGGCUGGUGAAAAAGAAGGAGGAGAAGCCCGAGGAGGAGCCAGCUGCUGAGGAGCAGAAACCUCAGUCCUUGCAGGAGCUGGUGUCCCACACAGUGGUGCGCUGGGCCCAGGAGGACUUCGUUCAGAGCCCUGAGCUGGUUCGUGCCAUGUUCAGCCUCCUGCACCGCCAGUAUGAUGGACUGGGUGAGCUGCUGCGCGCCUUGCCCCGGGCCUACACGAUCUCUCUGUCCUCGGUGGAGGACACCAUGAGCCUGCUGGAGUGCCUGGGCCAGAUCCGCUCCCUGCUUAUUGUGCAGAUGGGUCCCCAGGAGGAGAACCUCAUGAUCCAGAGCAUUGGGAACAUCAUGAAUAACAAAGUCUUCUACCAACACCCAAACCUGAUGAGAGCGCUGGGCAUGCACGAAACGGUCAUGGAGGUCAUGGUGAACGUCCUCGGGGGUGGCGAGUCAAAGGAGAUCCGCUUCCCCAAGAUGGUGACAAGCUGCUGCCGCUUCCUCUGCUACUUCUGCCGAAUCAGCCGGCAGAACCAGCGCUCCAUGUUCGACCACUUGAGCUACCUGCUGGAGAAUAGUGGCAUUGGCCUGGGCAUGCAGGGCUCCACACCUCUGGAUGUGGCUGCUGCUUCUGUCAUUGACAACAAUGAGCUGGCCUUGGCAUUACAAGAGCAAGAUCUGGAAAAGGUUGUAUCAUACCUGGCAGGCUGUGGCUUACAAAGCUGCCCCAUGCUCCUGGCCAAAGGAUACCCUGAUAUCGGAUGGAAUCCCUGCGGGGGUGAACGCUACCUGGACUUCCUGCGCUUUGCUGUCUUUGUAAAUGGUGAGAGCGUGGAAGAGAACGCUAAUGUGGUAGUACGCCUGUUGAUACGAAAGCCUGAGUGCUUUGGACCUGCCCUGCGGGGCGAGGGUGGCUCAGGGCUGCUGGCUGCCAUCGAAGAGGCCAUCCGCAUCUCUGAGGACCCUGCACGGGAUGGACCGGGUGUCCGCAGAGACCGGCGACGUGAGCACUUUGGUGAGGAGCCUCCUGAAGAAAACCGGGUGCACCUGGGACAUGCCAUCAUGUCUUUCUACGCUGCCUUGAUCGACCUGCUGGGACGCUGUGCACCUGAGAUGCACCUGAUCCAAGCGGGAAAGGGAGAGGCCUUGAGGAUCCGAGCCAUCCUUCGAUCCCUUGUGCCCUUGGACGACCUUGUGGGCAUCAUCAGCCUCCCAUUGCAGAUCCCCACCCUGGGCAAAGAUGGGGCACUGAUACAGCCAAAGAUGUCUGCAUCCUUCGUGCCUGACCACAAGGCAUCCAUUGUGCUUUUCCUGGACCGAGUGUACGGCAUUGAGAACCAGGACUUCUUGCUGCAUGUGCUGGAUGUGGGGUUCCUUCCUGACAUGAGGGCAGCUGCCUCACUGGACACGGCUACUUUCAGCACCACAGAGAUGGCGCUGGCACUGAACCGCUACCUGUGUCUGGCGGUGCUGCCGCUCAUCACCAAGUGCGCGCCACUCUUCGCGGGCACCGAGCACCGUGCCAUCAUGGUAGACUCCAUGCUGCACACGGUGUACCGCCUGUCGCGUGGCCGCUCGCUCACCAAGGCCCAGCGUGAUGUCAUCGAGGACUGCCUCAUGGCACUCUGCAGGUACAUCCGCCCGUCCAUGCUGCAGCACCUGCUUCGACGCCUGGUGUUCGAUGUGCCAAUCCUCAACGAGUUCGCCAAGAUGCCACUCAAGCUCCUUACCAACCACUAUGAGCGCUGCUGGAAAUACUACUGCCUCCCCACAGGCUGGGCCAACUUCGGGGUCACCUCUGAGGAGGAGCUGCACCUCACGCGCAAACUCUUCUGGGGCAUCUUUGACUCUCUGGCGCACAAGAAAUACGACCCGGAGCUCUACCGGAUAGCCAUGCCUUGUCUGUGUGCCAUUGCGGGGGCACUGCCUCCUGACUAUGUGGAUGCCUCAUACUCAUCCAAGACGGAGAAGAAAGCCACAGUAGAUGCAGAAGGCAACUUUGAUCCCCGGCCCGUGGAGACCCUCAAUGUCAUUAUCCCAGAGAAGCUGGACUCCUUCAUUAACAAGUUUGCAGAGUACACCCACGAGAAGUGGGCCUUCGACAAGAUUCAGAACAACUGGUCCUACGGGGAGAACGCUGAUGAAGAACUGAAGACCCACCCCAUGCUGAGACCCUACAAGACCUUCUCAGAGAAGGACAAAGAGAUUUACCGCUGGCCCAUCAAGGAGUCCUUGAAGGCCAUGAUUGCCUGGGAGUGGACAGUAGAGAAGGCCAGGGAAGGUGAGGAAGAAAAGACAGAGAAGAAGAAAACAAGGAAGAUAUCCCAAAGUGCCCAGACAUAUGACCCUCGAGAAGGCUACAAUCCCCAGCCCCCAGACCUCAGCGGGGUUACAUUGUCCCGGGAGCUGCAGGCCAUGGCCGAGCAACUGGCCGAAAAUUACCACAACACGUGGGGGCGAAAGAAGAAGCAAGAGCUGGAAGCCAAAGGGGGUGGGUCCCAUCCCCUGCUGGUCCCCUACGACACGCUCACGGCCAAGGAGAAGGCACGGGACCGAGAGAAGGCCCAGGAGUUGCUGAAGUUUCUGCAGAUGAAUGGCUAUGCCGUCACCAGAGGCCUCAAGGACAUGGAAUUGGACACAUCUUCCAUUGAGAAGCGAUUUGCCUUUGGCUUCCUGCAGCAGCUCUUGCGCUGGAUGGACAUUUCCCAGGAGUUCAUCGCCCAUCUGGAGGCUGUGGUCAGCAGUGGACGAGUGGAGAAGUCUCCACAUGAACAGGAGAUUAAAUUCUUUGCUAAGAUUCUGCUUCCUUUGAUCAACCAAUACUUCACCAACCACUGUCUCUACUUCCUGUCCACACCGGCCAAAGUGCUGGGCAGUGGUGGCCACGCCUCCAACAAGGAGAAGGAAAUGAUCACCAGCCUCUUCUGUAAACUCGCUGCCCUUGUCCGCCACCGAGUCUCUCUCUUUGGGACGGAUGCCCCAGCUGUCGUCAACUGUCUUCACAUAUUGGCACGUUCCCUGGAUGCCAGGACGGUGAUGAAGUCAGGCCCCGAGAUUGUGAAGGCCGGGCUCCGCUCCUUCUUCGAGAGCGCCUCCGAAGACAUCGAGAAGAUGGUGGAGAACCUGCGGCUAGGCAAGGUGUCCCAGGCGCGCACGCAGGUGAAGGGCGUGGGCCAGAACCUCACCUACACCACGGUCGCCCUGCUGCCUGUCCUCACCACCCUCUUCCAGCACAUCGCCCAGCACCAGUUUGGAGACGACGUCAUCCGUAAGGACCCCUGGCACCGAGGGCAAGGGGCACGGGGCGGGGUGUCAGCUUCACCAGCAGUGCCCGUCCCAAGGUGCAUGGUGGAGUCGUCAGGUGUUAGAACAUAUGCUUUCUUGCUAUAA